GAGACUCAUAUAAUAAGAAAUCUUAGAAAACCAGAAAAAAGGAAGAAAAGAAGUGCAGAAAGAGAGAGAUGGCGGAGUCGGAGGAGAAGAAGAGGAAGGUGAUGCUGUCCAUAGAUGAAAGCGAGUGCAGCCACUAUUCUGUGGAGUGGGCUCUCGACAACUUACGCGAUACGCUUUCCAAUUCUCACCUUGUCAUCUACACUGUACAAUCCUUCGCUGAUUACGCUUACAUCUAUGCUUCCACUCAUGGUGUCGCCGCUCCAGAACUGAUUCGAUCUAUUCAAGAAAAUAAGAAAAGGGAUUCCCAAGCACUCCUGGAGAAAGCUAAGGACAUCUGUUCCAAGCAUGGGAUUCCUGUAGAGACAACCAUUAUGGAAGUUGGGGAUCCUAAAGAUGAAAUAUGUAAAGCAGUUGAAAAGCUUGACAUUCAGUUACUGAUACUAGGUAGCCAUGGUCGGGGAGCCAUACAGAGGGCUUUCCUGGGAAGUGUGAGCAACUACUGUGUUCAUAAUGCCAAGUGUCCUGUUCUGGUUGUGAGGAAACAAGAUUGAAGAGUUUUUUGUUACAUUGUAUGUGAAGCUGAAUUACUCAGUCUUAUUCUAAAGAGUAGUAAGUUAUUUUUUCCUCUCCAUUACAAACUUGUCAAGUGUGUAAGGGUGAAUCAACACUACUUAUUUAUCCAUGCUUGUAGAUAUGGUUAAAUUACAGGACCUGUGAAUUGGAUUGGAAUUUGUACUUAUAUAAGUAUAUAUCUAUAUGUCUAUAUAUAUGGUUAAGAUUGAGGAGUUAGUGACUUCGAAGUC